UUAAGGCCCAAAUAUUUUUGUAAACCCAUCAUAAUAAACCCUAAAGCGGCUUUCAUAUAUUAAGAUUGAUUUACGGUUUUUAAAUUCUGUUCGCCGCAAAUAAGAGAAGCAAAACAGGCUUGAGAAGCUCUUUGCUGCAAACAUGACUUUCAAGCGCAGGAACGGUGGUAGGAACAAGCACAACCGUGGUCAUGUGAACCCAAUCAGGUGUUCCAACUGCGGGAAAUGCUGCCCCAAGGAUAAGGCGAUUAAGAGAUUCCUCGUCAGGAACAUCGUUGAGCAAGCUGCCAUCAGAGAUGUACAAGAAGCUAGUGUAUACGAUGGUUACACUCUACCAAAGUUGUACGCUAAGAUGCAGUACUGUGUUUCAUGUGCUAUCCACUCUCACGUUGUGAGAGUUCGAUCCAGCACUAACCGUAGAGUUCGUACCCCACCGCCCCGUUUUGCCAGACGCAAGGAGGAUGCGCCCAAGCCUGGACAUCCUGGUCAGGCCCCUCGACCUGCUGGUGGUGCCCCAGCUGCUCCUCGUGCCUAAAGACUGCAACAAGCUGGCUAUCCCAAACUAUUUAUAUUCUAGUAGUCUCAGUCUUGUCUGGAGUUUGUGAAAAUAUUUUUGGCAUUUGGUUUUGAAUCUUUGAAACUCUUUAUAAGUUUAUUUUUGACGUUUACAUUUCCUUUCAAUUUGACAUGUUUUAUUCCAUAUUUGCACUGAUCACCUUUGGAAAUAUUUUCGCACUGGUAUUGAUCUUAUGCUAUGCAUGGAAAUAUUUUUGUUU